AUGGAAACCUUAAAAUCUGGGAGCAAAAAGAGGGUCCUUCCCUCCUGGAUGACAUCCCAGGUGACUGAGAGUAGGGUGGUACCAGUGAAGACCCCCAAGAGGAGGAGAAUGGCGGUAGGGUCAGUGGCAGCAGGAUCCCCUGCCAUGAAGACUGUGUACUGCAUGAAUGAAGCAGAAAUGGUGGAUGUAGCUCUGGGGAUCCUGAUUGAGUGAUGCACAUGGGAAAAGUCCUGGGAAUAGUCACCUCUGGCAGAUGCUGAUAAGCUGGAACUCUCCCCCAUCUGCUCCAUAUCUCCUCACACAAGUUCUCCUGGGAGCAGCAAUGAGGAAGAGGAUGGUGGGAAAUACAGGACUGCCUGGGGCCUCAGCCCUUCCCAGGGGCUGGGGGCUUCUAGCUCUACCUGCAGAAGCCCCAGGGAGGUGGAGGAGGAAGAUGUGUUGAAAUAUGUCAGGGAGAUAUUUUUCAGCUAA